UCUGGAUCUUUCUCUUACUUCUUAGAAUCUACAAAGCUGCCAACAACACAUAUUCUUGGAAGAUGAAUGGAACUGAAGAAACGGAGCUCUAUAAUCGCUGGAAAGCGUUGCAAAGACAGUUGGAACUGUUGGAUUUACAAGAAGGAUUCAUCAAAGAAGACUGCAAGUCGUUAAAGCGUGAAUUAAUACGUGCUCAAGAAGAAGUCAAGCGAAUUCAGUCAGUGCCUUUAGUGAUUGGCCAAUUCUUAGAAGCUAUAGAUCAAAAUACAGCCAUUGUUGGAAGUACCACCGGCUCUAAUUAUGUUGUCCGGAUAUUAAGUACUCUUGAUCGUGAGUUGCUGAAACCUUCUGCCAGUGUAGCUCUUCAACGUCACUCAAAUGCCUUGGUUGACAUUUUACCUCCCGAGGCCGAUUCAUCUAUCUCAAUGCUCCGUCCAGAAGAGCGUCCUGAUGUCACAUAUAAUGAUGUUGGUGGUUUAGAUGUCCAAAAACAAGAAGUUCGUGAAGCAAUCGAACUUCCCCUAAAGCAGGGUGAUCUCUAUCGUCAAAUCGGUAUUGAUCCUCCUCGUGGUGUUUUACUUUACGGACCUCCCGGUACCGGUAAAACCAUGUUGGUUAAGGCUGUCGCAAACUCUGUAAACGCCAACUUCAUCCGAGUUGUUGGUUCUGAAUUCGUUCAAAAAUAUUUGGGUGAAGGCCCUCGUAUGGUGCGUGAUGUUUUCCGUAUGGCACGAGAAAAUGCCCCAGCCGUUAUUUUUAUUGAUGAGAUUGAUGCUAUUGCUACGAAACGUUUCGAUGCUCAAACCGGUGCCGACCGUGAAGUGCAACGUAUUCUAAUUGAACUUUUAACCCAAAUGGAUGGUUUUGACCAAGGUGCUAAUGUCAAGGUUAUGAUGGCCACCAAUCGUGCUGACACACUAGAUCCCGCCCUUCUUCGUCCUGGUCGUCUGGACCGUAAAAUCGAAUUUCCCGCUUACCGUGAUCGUCGUCAACGUCGUCUUGUCUUUCAAACAAUUACUGCCAAAAUGUCUCUUUCCCCCGAGGUCGACUUGGAUACCUUUAUCAUGCGUCCAGAUGCCUCUAGCGGUGCUCAAAUUUCAGCCAUUAUGCAAGAUGCUGGAUUGUUGGCUGUACGUAAGAGCCGUGGUGUAAUUCUUCAAAGCGAUAUAGAAGAAGCUUAUGCACGUGCUGUUAAGCCUACUGACAUGGAACAAUUCGCUUUCUACAAGUAAUUUGGGUUUUGCUGUUUUUUCUUUUCCUCCUUUUUUAUGGUAACUCCGUAUGUUUUUCCUCGUCCGCUUUGACUUAUUCCUUAUACCCAUAGAAGUUUGUUUGAAUGAAAAACAACCUACCUUUCCCGACACAUGAUGGAUUAUGUUGAUCUUUCUUUCUCACAGCAGUACUUGAUUUGAGAUGACACAAAAAUAAAUUUUUACGCUAUUCUUCUUUUUCUCUCCGAAGGGUUUCGUAUAUCUUCAUUGACCAAGCAGCCCGAGGAGCUGGUUUUCAUAAAACUACUUAUGUAUUUAAAUUAUAUGGUAUGUCUUUAUCACUGAAGUAAA